AUGGUUUGCCCCUACGAAAAACGGGUACUUGGAUGUUGCCUUUGGUUGUUUUUGGCUUGUGUAAGACUCCCUCUCCCUCUUUACAGUUGUGAUCCUUUCGGGCUGUCUGCUAGACCUUGUUGCCCCCUUUUUAAAAUUAGUCUAAUAUCCCUUUGGGUGGGCUUUUUGGGGGGGGUAGGGGUUAUGAUGUGCGUUCUUUUUUUUUUUCUUGAGGCAAUGGUGUCGGCAUGUGUGUGUGUGUGUGUGCUUGUCUUCUGUUGUGUUCCGAGUUUUGUAGCCUGUAAUGUACUGGGUUUUUUCUUUCUGCAUGGCGUCACGAGGUGGUAUGGAAAGGAGGCGAAGAAGGGAAGAUUGUUCUGCAGUGCCAUGUGGCGAUUUCCUUCUUGCAGUCCGCUGGUUGUAUCUUUUCACUUGUGUAUAGCCUGCAUUCAUACUACUGUCAGUCCCGCCGGCGUGCGUAGGGCUGCUGCGGAUGGGGCAUGGCGGUCACAGCGAGGAAGAGGAGCGGGGAGAAGCAGAAGGGCCCGCGUUCUGGACAUUGCCGAGUCCGCGUCACGCACAAGAAGUGAGACACUCAUGUCCACCGGAGGAAUAAAGGACACGCCGAGUCCCUGCUCUAAAGCAGAGGAGUUGAGCGCAGCGGCAGAGCGGAAGCACAGCCAGCUGUGCAGCCAUGAAGUCGAGGAGGCGCCCGUCAUGGCGGCCCAUGACCCUGCGGCGGUGGUCAAGCUCGAUUCCCGCAGGCGUCAGAUUCAUCUGAGUCACAUUCAGCGGGAGUUGAUUUGGAACGCACGUCGGCAGCAGUACCAGCAGUUGCUGGUGCGAAUUGUGGCUUGCCUUGAGUCCCAUCUUUCGCCCAUUGAAAAAUGUCAUGCGCUCUUGUCGCUGCACGAAGAAGUCAUUAAGAAGCGCAUUCGCCUGCGUUCCGAUACAUACGAGGACAUCCUUCAUAUAUUUUAUGCCGUUGCGACUCUGGGCAGCGCAGCACCGACGCUGGCGGACGAGGAGGCUGUUGACCGCCGUGGUCUCACGUCGUCAUUGUCGAGCCUUUUGCCGGCGGAGUUUGCCGGUAACAGCGUGGCCGCGUCGUCGCUCCUCGCCGGCCCGCUGCUUCAGAGUCUUUGGACGAUUUACCGCUACAUGAUUGAUAGCGGCACAAACCCGACGGCACGCACUGUACAGUACAUGAUGGGCAUUCUUGAGCGACGCAGCAAGAAGGACGCGAUUGUGGAGGCGCGUGCGCACUCGCUUAUGAUGGACCUUGACCGUUUCCACCUGACGCCGACGGAGUACACCAUCGCCGCCUAUGUAGGGGUGUGUGAUCAAAACGGUGUGAUGCAUUUGGCCGUCGCCCGUGUGACAGACUACCGCACAAGGCAUGAGAAGCAGGUGUCACCUGGCAUCUAUGCACGCCUCCUUUUUGGCCUGGCCCACAAUCACCAGUAUGACGAGGCGAUCUCUUGUCUAACGACAAUUGACAGUGUUGCUGUAACACCACAUCUGCUCAACGCCAUUUUACACGUCGCCCGCCAUUCCCGCAGCCCACUUUCCGCCUUCACCUUCUACAAGAGUUUGAUUGGGCCGAAGGGGAACAACAUAGCACCGACAUCGCACACCAUCUCUAUUCUGCUGGAGGCCAUGUGUGCAACCGAGUGUUACGAUGAGAUUGACUUCCUCCUGAGUGAGAUGCGGCGUCAUAGGGUGAAGGGGAAUAAAGUAAUGCUAAACAGGCUACUGGGGGUGCUGCUAAAGUUAAAAAGACACACGGAGGGCAUGGCGCUCUGCAGGACGAUGGAGAGGAAGGGUAUAAUGGUGUUUGACGAGUUGCGACGGGAGUGUGAGGAUUUCUCCACCACAUCGCAUCGCUGA